AUGGUCGAAACUCGUGGUCCGCAGCCAUCUUUUGAUGGUGAGGGCUCUCUGGAUCUUCCUUCUUUCUCUCCCGAUGAAACCAACCCUGAUCAGAAACCUCCGCGUCCUUUUGACAACGAGGAACAUGGCUCACCUCCGGCGGCCAAAAAGCGCCGCACGGGUUCCGGCCCGGAUGAAGCGCUUUCCAUGCCUCCCGAGUCCAUGUCGGUGACGGACCAGCAGGGUCCGGGUCACCGAAUCGAGGAGGAGCUGGCCACAGCACUUGGAGAAGGCGUAGUGGACAGCGUUGAGCAAGCCGACCAUGCUGGCGACCGGCAUGGCCAGCUGGAACAGUCCACUGAGGCCGUAGCAGCCGAGGACGGUGACACUGAGGUGAAUCCCGACAUGGCUAAUAUCAUUUCGGAGAUCAUGGACCAUACUGAACGCCAGGAGCAUUCUGUGAUGCUGGGCCAGCAGGAAAUUCCGCAAUCGAGCCAGUUCAACGGGGCCAAGGGCUUUGCUUUCCUCAAGGCCAACUCCCACUUAAAGAUCCAGAGCCUGCCGAUUCUGGACAAUCUGUCUACUCAAAUCCUAUCCUUUCUCUCCAAAAACACCUACCAAGACCUCACUGCGAUGAUCUCUGAGCCCGAAUCUGAGAAUGGCCAGGCCUACGCAACCAUGCGCUCUCUUUUUGAUCAUACAAAGAGAGUAUACAAUAUCAAACACUCAUUCCUCCAAACCUCCGACCUCGAAAUCACCGACCCCUCUCAGGUGGACACCAUCCGCAAGGCGAACUUGGCUUCGUUCGUCUCCAGCAUCUUCGGCUCCCAGGAAAUUGGUUUUGCAGAAUUGAAUGAACACUUCCUGGAUGUGUUUGUCCCUGAAGGUGGCCGCCUGUUGAAGGUUCAAGGUGCUCUGUACCUUGAACUUAAGACCCAGGCAUUCAUUUCAGCAUUGAACAACAAAUCCCGUUCUCGGACUGAGCUUCUCUAUGAUCUGUUCCCCGACGACAUGGAGCAGCGAUUGCUGGCACGGCGUCCAGGCACCCGGCAGUUGGCUCCUAGCGAAACCGACUUUGUCAACCGACUCACCUCCCGACGGGAAAUUCUUCUUGGCGACAUUAACAAUGAAGAAGCACUGAGAACCAUGCCCGACAAGUAUCGCUGGGAAGAUUUUCUUCGGGAUCUCAGCUCUUACAUCUCCAAAAACUUUGAGACCAUCAGCGCCCAACCGGGGAAGAAGAUCGUCAAAGGACGCCGGCCAUCAAGCUCUAGCGGCGAUGCGCAGGAACUCAAUACCACGCACCAAGGACAAUUCUCGGUCAACCAGCAGGUCGAAGUCCCCGUGGACCGAAACAUGCACGGUGAUCUUGUGGCCCGUGCUGCUCGUGCUGCACAAAUAGCUCUGCAAGGUCAUGGACUUCGACGUUCCCAGCAGCAAUCGCAGCAGCAACAUCAACACCAGCAGCAGCCGCAACAGGCACAGUCUCAGGCCAGCCAGUCCCCUUCGCAGCCCCCGCCGCCGCAGCCGCAAGUAGCCCAGCAAGCGAGCCCAUCUGACAACCAAUAUCUCCACGGGUAUACUGCAGCCCAGCAACCCGGCCAAUCUGCUCAGCCAUAUCAACACAGUCCCACCCCGCCUGGCGGAUACCAGUCGCAGCAUUCUGGGCAGCUCACGUUUCAGCAGAGCCCGCUGCAGGCUAAUUUCCAACAGUACAAUCCCAAUGCGGCGCAGGCGAUGCAGGCCAGAACGAAUGGCAUGUCUUCCAACCAUGGAUACAUGCCGGGAAUUCCUCAUUACUCUCAAUCGCAGCCCACCCAAGUUCUCUAUGAGCGUGCCCGCAUGGCGGCAUCUGCCAAGUCAUCUCCGACGAGCCGCAAAUCCGGGCUGCCUAGUCAACGCCGCCCUUGGACCACCGAGGAAGAGAACGCAUUGAUGGCCGGACUGGACCGGGUCAAGGGUCCCCACUGGAGUCAGAUUCUUGCCAUGUUCGGGCCUGGAGGCACCAUUAGCGAGGCUUUGAAGGACCGCAACCAGGUGCAGCUCAAAGAUAAGGCACGCAACCUCAAGUUAUUCUUUCUCAAGAGUGGGAUCGAAGUCCCGUAUUAUCUGAAAUUUGUGACUGGCGAAUUAAAGACCCGGGCUCCUUUGCAGGCGGCCAAGCGCGAGGCCCGUGAGAGACAGAAGAAGCAGGGCGAGGAAGAUAAGGCCCAUGUGGAGGGUAUUAAGGGCAUGAUGGCCCUGGCCGGAGCCCAUGCGCCGCCCGUGGCAGGUCAUGAGAUGUCCGCUUCGCCCAGCUUGCCGGAUGCCAGCAGUCAAUCGGUCUUUGACCAAACCGCUGAACAGAACCUCAUGCAGACCCUCAGCCAGGAGGUCCAUGGCAGCCAGUACCCACAGCACCAACACUCGCAAACGCCCGACCACAUUGAUCCCAAUAUGCAGCUGGGACAGUAG